UUAUAAAAAAUUAUGGCUUUGCGACUGACAACAGUCAUGAGGGUCCACAUCACACAUCCUAGUAUAGGAGCCACAAAAGCUUGGAAAGCUUUCAGAGUCAUCUCUUAGCUAAAAAAUGGGUUCAGCUGGAGGCCGUAAACCCCAUGCUGUAUGCAUACCAUAUCCAUCUCAAGGCCAUGUUACUCCGGUGAUGCAACUAGCCAAGCUUCUGCACUCAACAGGCUUCCACAUAACCUUUGUUAACACCGAGUUCAACCAUCGACGACUAAUUCAGUCUAGAGGACCAGACUCCGUUAAGGGCCUGCCGGAUUUCCGAUUUGAGACUAUAACAGAUGGGAUGCCACCAUCUGAUCAUCUUGAUGCGACGCAGGAUGUUCCAUCCUUGUGUGAUUCAACCAGGAAGUACUGUUUGGCUCCAUUUAGAGAGCUACUAAACAAGUUAAAUUCAUCAUCCUCUGGGGUGCCCCCUGUUUCCUGCAUAAUUUCAGAUGGAGUCAUGAGCUUUGGUAUAAAGGCUGCAGAAGAAUUAAGCAUACCCCAGGUUCAAUUAUGGACUGCCUCAGCUUGUAGCUUCAUGUGUUAUUUGCACUUCAGUGAACUCAAACGAAGAGGCAUCGUCCCACACACAGUGAAAAAUUUCCUAAAUGACAGCAUAAGCGAAAACCCAAUUGAUUGGAUCCCUGGAAUGACUAACAUCCGUCUAAAGGAUAUGCCAACUUUUGUCAGAACUACCAAUGAUGAAAUAAUGUUUGAUUUCAUGGGAUCAGAAGCAGAGAACUGCUUGAACUCUUCUGCAAUUGUCUUCAACACCUUCGACGAGUUCGAUCAUGAAGUUUUAGAAGCAAUAAUUGCUUGUAAGUUUCCUCGCAUUUACACAAUAGGUCCACUAUCUUUGCUUGAAAGACAAAUGCCUGAAAGUGAAUUUAAGUCAAUUGCUUCAAGUUUAUGGAAAGAAGAUUCAAACUGCCUUGAAUGGCUAGAUAAAAGAAAACAUAACUCUGUUGUAUAUGUAAAUUAUGGUAGCGUAGCAAUGAUAACAGAGAGACACUUGAAAGAGCUUGCAUGGGGACUUGCAAAUAGUAAACACCCAUUUCUAUGGAUAAUUAGACAAGAUGUAGUAAUGGGUGAUUCUGCAAUUUUGCCUGAAGAAUUUCUUGAGCACAUCAAUGAUAGAGGACUGCUAGCAAGUUGGUGUCCACAAGAUCAAGUGCUUGCACAUCCUGCAGUUGGUGUUUUCCUAACGCAUUGCGGAUGGAAUUCUAUGAUGGAAACUGUUAGUCACGGCGUGCCAAUAGUCUGUUGGCCUUUCUUCGCCGAUCAACAUACAAAUUGCCGAUAUGCAUGCUCUAAAUGGGGGAUUGGCAUGGAGGUCAAUCACAAUAUAAAUAGGAAUGAAAUUGAAGGUAUAGUUAAGGAAAUGAUAGAAGGGCACAAGGGAAAGCAACUGAGGGAGAAGGCACUAGAAUGGAAAAGGAAAGCAGAAGCAGCUACAGAUAUUGGAGGAUCAUCUUACAAUAACUUCAGUAGACUCAUUAAGGAAGCUCUCAAUUGCGGUGGCCAUGCAAAGCAGGAGUAUUGAAAUGAGGGACAAUAUUUCAGUUUCAGCUUCAAGUUUCUUUGUGAAUAAAUGUUCUUAGUUUCAAUUUCAGUAUAAAAGCAUCAUUUCAUUCAUGUUCA